AUGGCCUCCACAUCGUACGUGAACAAUCCCAACGGGAACUGCCGCCUGUGCCAGGACAAGGACAGUGCGGACGAAUGGAUGGUGGAAUGCACGAAAUGUUGGAAUUGGUUCCACAUGGCAUGCGCCAAACUAGAAAAAAAGCCUACGGUAAAGGAAUCUUGGCACUGUCCAAGGUGUAAGGAAGAAAUAAAGGAAAUCCAGCUUCUGAAGAAGGAGCUGGAAGAAUAUAAACGGACAACCACGAGAAGUAAGUCCAAAGAACGCAGCCCAGUUGAUACGGUUGAACUGCUACGGCGUCAAUUUGAGGCGCAGCUGGAAAGCCAAAAGAUACGUGACGAGGCUUUCCAAAAGGCCAUGCUUGAAAUGGCAAACAAAAUUCAUCAAAUUAAGAAUGAUCCCGAAAUUGUUAGCACUUCCACGGCUUCCACAAUAAAACUACCAGAUGAAAUUACAAAUCUACUAAGAAGACAAACAGCAACGCAGCUUCCACAAUUUAACGGUAAUUAUAAGGAUUGGCCAAAUUUUAAACGACUCUAUGAACAAAGUAAACGAGAAGGACAAUUCAGUAAUAUGGAUAACAUCAAUAGACUUAUGGCGAGUCUCGAUAAAUCUGUUAAAGUACACAUUAAUGCAUUGUUAAUGGACCCGGGAAACGAGAAACAAGUUAUCGAAACAUUGGACAGUAUAUAUGGACAGCCACUAGCGAUAUUCAACGAACUGUGGAAGGAUCUGACAAAAUUACGAAACCCACGUAUGGAAAACCCUCAAACAAUGGUAGACUUUGUAGUCACACUCGGCAAUUUAGUUUCAAAUAUGUCGAUAAUACAGUGUGAAGAUUAUCUUGCUAAUCCAUUACAAAUAGCAGAAAUCAUAUGUCGUCUGCCGCUCAACCUAAGAGAGCAAUGGGCGGACAAGGAAAUCGAAGCCAUGACUCCUGCGAACGGGCAGCCAAGACAAAAACUAACGCUGAAGGAUGUACACGAAUUCCUUAAACCACAACAAAAGAGAGCGACACUCCUUGUCGCACAAAGGGUUUGUCAAUCAGAAAAGGAAUAUCCAAAAAAUGAAAAAUCAAGGAUAAAUCUACAUACUGAAGGUAAAAGCAAACCUCCAGUAAAAUGCCUCUGUUGUAAUCAACAACAUUGGCUAACAUCAUGUCAGGAAUUCAGAAACAUGAAUACAGAAAAGAGACGCGCAUUAGCUCUUGAGAAACGCAUAUGUUUCAAUUGUCUACGACUAAGACACUCAUCCAAAAAUUGUGAGACUAAGCCAAACUGUAGAACACAAGGAUGUAUGGCACGCCAUCAUACAUUCCUCCAUUUACGUACAAGAAAUAGCGACGAGAGCACAACCUCCCCGAAAAAUGACACCAAAAUAAAAACUAAAAAUGAAUCGUUUAAUAACUCCAAAGAUCCCAAGAAAACCAUUGAAAAGAAGGACGUUGAGGAAACAAGUGCAGCAUCCACCUCACCAGAUACUUCCAAUAAACAAGAUAAAGAAACCACACGCACGAAUAUACAUACCGUCAGGAAAAACAAGGUGUAUUACCAAAUCCUUCCUGUAACUAUUCACGCACAAGGCAAACAGUUAGAUACAUUCGCUUUCCUGGAUCAUGGAUCUUCGAACAGUCUCAUUCUGGAUAAGGUUGCUAAUGAGUUAGGUCUAGAAGGACCAAUAUCCCCCUUGAGUAUUAAAUGGACCAAUGACUCAAUACAUGAGGACAACCAAAGUCGAAGUGUUUGUUUCAAAAUAUCCGGUACCAACAAAAAUCGGUAUCAAAUGGAGAGUGUACGUACAGUAAGUAAAUUAUCACUACCACGCCAAACACUCGAGUAUAAUGAAAUUAAAGAAAAAUACACACACCUCAAAAAUAUUCCGAUACAAGGGUAUGUCAAUGCCGAACCAACGUUAUUAAUUGGACUUGAUCAUCCACGACUGCUAACGGCAACGAAACAACGUAUAAAUGAAAUCGGACCAGUCGCGGCCAAAACUCCCAUCGGCUGGGUAAUAUACGGCCGGACAAACUCUAGACAUCAACAGGACACAUAUUCAUGCGUUAUUGAGGAACAAGAUGCUCUCCGUGAGGAAAUACAGAAAUAUUUUUCAACCGAAGAAUUCGGUGUCAAAGUCACUCAUCACAAUCACAUAAGUACCGAAGACAAGUUGGCCAACCAAAUUAUUCAGCAAACAAUGAAAUAUAAUGGUUAUCAAUAUGAGAUCGGUCUGCUUUGGAAGCAAACAAGGACUAUUAUGCCAAAAACAGAAAGCUUUAAAGCAGCAUUAAAAAGACUAGAAUACACUGAAGCAAAGAUGCGAAAAGAUCCUGAAUUUUCUGAAUGGUAUAAGGAAAAGAUUCAGGAGUACGUUAAGAAAGGCUACGCUCGAAUGCUCACGCCAGAGGAAAUUACUCGAAGUAGCGAGAAAACGUAUUAUUUACCCCACUUCGCGGUCGUGAAUCCAAAUAAAACUCCACUCAAACCACGUCUCGUCUUUGAUGCCGCUGCAAAAGUACAGGGAGUAUCACUAAACACGGAAUUGCUGUCUGGUCCAGACAACUUGACAUCACUGUUCGGAAUCCUACUAAGAUUCCGAGAAGGGAAAUAUGCAGUAGCUGGAGAUAUACAAGAAAUGUUUUCACAAGUUAAGAUACGGAAAGAAGACCAAGACGCUCAACGAUUUCUAUGGCGAGAUGGAGAUAACCGAAAACCUAUGGCACAUUACGUAAUGCAAGUAAUGACAUUUGGUGCGACUUGCUCACCGGCAUGCGCACAGGCAGUAAAAAAUAAAAAUGCAGAAAAUUUCAAGGAAUGUGAACCAAAGGCAGCAAACGCUAUAAUAAAGCAGCAUUACGUUGAUGACUACUUGGAUAGCUUUUCGACAAUAGAAGAAGCUACUGCAGUCACAUUCGAAGUGAUUAAAAUUCACGAAGUCGCACAUUUCAUGAUGAGAAACAUCAUAUCAAACAACACAACAGUACUUAAUUUUCUACCAGCAAAAAACAUUGCAAACAAAACAACAACAAAGGAAUUCACCGAAAAGAACGUAGCAUCUGAAAAAGUCCUAGGUGUAUACUGGGAUACAACUCGGGAUACAAUUGGGUACCGAUUGGAACAAUUCGACCCUGAAGUUAUUCCAACGAAAAGAGAAGUCCUCUCAAGAAUAGCUAAAAUCUUCGACCCUCUAGGCCUUAUCGCACAUAUUACGAUCGGAGGAAAGAUAAUUAUGCAACAAAUUUGGAAAGAAGGCUCUGAUUGGGAUGAUAAAAUAUCAACCAAACUGAUGGAGACUUGGAGAGUUUGGAUAGAAAAACUGUCCACCAUAACCACGUUAAAUAUCCCAAGGUGUUACUUUACAAACAAACUGAACGCAAAGCUAUACGAGCUACAUGCUUUUGUCGAUGCUUCAGAACAGGCUUUUUCGGCAACAGUAUAUUUGUACGCAGAAACUACGCAUGGACACCAAGUUAGCUUAAUAGCAGCAAAAACAAGGGUUGCGCCAAAUAAGGUAAUGACAAUUCCCAAACUCGAGCUUCAAGCUGCAGUACUGGGAACACGAUUGGACACCACGGUAAAACGAGAAUUACGAAUAAAAAUCUCAAACGUAACAAUGUGGUCAGAUAGCAAGACCGUACUUUCCUGGAUACGUAGCGACCAUCGGAAAUAUAAAAUCUUCGUAGCUAAUCGUAUAAGCGAAAUACUUGAUGAAACGACUAUUUCUCAGUGGAGAUGGGUACCGUCGGGACAAAAUCCAGCAGAUGAAGCAACACGAGAUAACUAUAUCGCAAGAGAGUCUAUAUGGUACACGGGGCCGGCCUUUCUGAAGAAAGAGAGGGAUGUCUGGCCAAAAGACGAAAAUCAAGCUGCGGAACCGAAUUAA